AUGGCACUGGCUCUGAGGCUGCUUCUUGCAUUUCUGGUGAUCGGAUCCUGCAUCGCUGCUGACAAUAUCGACUUGUGGCCGAUGCCACAGUCGGUGUCCCAUGGAACACAGAAGCUCUACAUCAAGAAAGAUAUCACAAUGUCAAUGGUGGGAAGCACGUAUUCUGAUGAGAAAUCAAUCUUGAAGGACGCCUUCCAGAGGAUGGUUGAUUUGAUCACACUAAACCAUGUCGUUGAUGGAAUAAACCCAAGUUCUUCGGUUCUCACUUGUGUUAAUAUAGUUGUCCAUACACCUGAAGAUGAGCUUAGCUUUGGGGCAGAUGAGUCAUAUAACUUAACUGUUCCAACAACAGGAGAUCCACUGUAUGCACAGAUCGAGGCUCAAACAGUUUUUGGAGCACUUCAAGCCUUGCAGACGUUUGGUCAGUUAUGUUACUUUGAUUUUACAUCACGGCUCAUUGAACUCAACUCUGCUCCUUGGAUAAUUACCGACAGACCCAGAUUUCCUUACCGGGGAUUGCUUAUUGAUACCGCGAGACACUACCUCCCUGUUAAGAUAAUCAAAGGAGUGAUUGAUGCAAUGGCUUACAGCAAAUUGAAUGUUCUCCACUGGCAUAUCGUGGACGAGCAGUCAUUUCCCAUUGAAAUACCUUCAUACCCCAAAUUGUGGAACGGUUCAUACUCUUAUUCAGAGAGAUAUACAAUGUCUGAUGCUAUUGACAUUGUACGGUAUGCUGAAAAGCGAGGUGUAAAUGUGUUGGCUGAGAUUGAUGUUCCUGGCCAUGCCCGCUCAUGGGGUGUCGGCUACCCAUCAUUAUGGCCCUCAGAAAGCUGCAGAGAACCACUUGAUGUCAGUAAAAACUUUACAUUUGAAGUCAUCGAUGGCAUUCUUUCAGGUGAUUUUAGCAAGAUUUUUAAGUUCAAAUUUGUCCACUUAGGCGGUGAUGAAGUCAAUACAAACGCAUACAGAGAUUUUGUAUUAAGAUCUCAAAAGAUAGCGAUAUCACAUGGCUACGACAUCAUAAACUGGUACCCCCUAUUCGACAAUUUUGCCAGGUUCCAGGAAGAGACAUUUAACAGUUUUGGAGACAAAUUGGACCCAAAAACCGUGGUGCAUAACUGGUAUUUACUCACUUUCUACUUAAUUUAUGACAUGGGGAAGUUAACUGUUAGCAAUUUUGCCCAUAAAUUAAUAGGCUUGGAAGAUGUAGCACCCAAAGUGGUUGCUGCAGGGCAUAGGUGUAUAGUAAGCAACCAGGAUAAGUGGUACCUGGAUCACUUGGAUGCCUCAUGGGAAGGAUUUUACAUGAAUGAGCCCCUAAAAGGUAUCAAUGAUACAAAGCAGCAGCAAUUGGUCAUUGGUGGUGAGGUUUGCAUGUGGGGUGAGGAAAUUGAUGCCUCAGACAUUCAGCAAACAAUUUGGCCACGUGCUGCAGCAGCUGCAGAAGCAGAGUUUACAAGCAACCUUGUAAUCUAUGGUAGUAUGAAAUUUGUAUGCCACUCACAAAUACUCAUCUGCCAUGCCAAGGAAUGCAUGGUUGCACUGCCAUCUGUAUGA